AUGGCUGUUAAUAGUAAAAGAAUAACUUUAAAACGAACCAGACCAAACCCAUUAUUUCAAAAAUGGCUUCAGGAGCUACAGGAUGAGGCAAAGCUUGAAUCGAACAGUUUAGAAUAUUCGUUGGAUGAAGCUAUCAGUUCAUUAUCUAAGUACCCUUUACCGUUAGAAACUGGCGCGGAGUGCGCUAUACUUAAAGGUUUCGAUAAGAAACUAUGCUCUUUCCUCGAUAAGCGUCUACAAGCAUAUAAAAAAUCAAAUAGUGAUUCUUCCAAAGUUACUAGCACAACUCAACCUGAACUAGAGUCAAUAGAUAUCAGAUCUAAAAAAGCCAAAAACAGUUCUAAUACCAAAGAUGAUUUUGAGAAACAAGCUGCUAGAAAAAAAAUUAAACGCACCAAGCUUACCACUGAUGUGCUCUGUGAAACUGAUGACUUAUCUGAUAAUGAAGUACAAGAUGUUCAAGAGGUAUCCCAGAGUAAUGAAGCAAACGAAUCUCAAAAAGAUUACUGUUCUAAGUUAGUUCAAACUAGCUACAGCUCUCUAAAUACUGAAUUGGAAAAAUCAUUUAGAGCAAGGCAAAGGAAAUUAAAAUACAAACCUAUUUUCAAGUCUGGUAGUUAUGCUAUAGUGAUGGGUCUAUGGGAACAUUCAGUAGUAAAUUCAAAGCAGGGUAUUAGUAAGAUGGAUUUGCUGCAAUUAGCCCAUAAAUAUAGCGAGAAUUGUAUGAAAAAUGCUUCAGAUGCUUUGCAUAAUUUCUUAUGGGCAAAUAUGAAUAACCUUGUAUCAAAGGGCCUAGUGAUCAGAAAGAAUGGAGAAACACCAGUAUUUAAAUUGACAAAAUUAGGUAUUAAAACUGCAAAGAUACUGUAUAAAGAAUUCAGAAAUAGACAAACACCUAAAGUUACAAAAUCAAAACAAUCUGAAGGAGAGGAUUCUGAUCGAUCUAAUUCCAGAAAUAGCGAUGACACUUGUGAUACAGAGGUUGAAGAUGUAAUUGAAUUUGAACCUGAUUCAUAUGAUAUUAUUUUAUAUAUUGAUGUUAAAGAAACUUCUGGAUUAGCUAAGAAGAAUGAUCCUCUGACGCUACAAUUGAAGAAAUAUCCUAAUCUUAAAUUUGAGUUUAGAUCUUUGAGUGUCGGUGAUUUUGCAUGGAUAGCACGGCACAGGUUAAAUAAAGAGGAAUUAGUGCUGCCUUAUAUAGUUGAGAGGAAAAGAUUGGACGAUUUAGCUAAUAGUAUAAAAGAUGGUAGAUAUCGUGAACAGAAAUUCAGAUUGAAGAAAAGUAAAGCUAAAGUUAUUUACUUGGUUGAAAAUUAUGAUAGUAGAUAUGUUGGUUUGCCGUAUCAGACAUUGAUGCAGGGAUUGGCUAAUACAAGGAUUAAGGAUGACAUUCAAGUGCUUCGAACGGAUUCAUUGGCGCAAUCUGUUAGAUUCUUAGCCAUCCUGUCGAUGAAAAUAAUUAAUGAAUAUCAGAAUUGUUCUGUUAAGGGUCACCACAAAAUGGCGGAAGGCGACUUGUUGAUGACAUACAAUUACUUUAAAAAAACUUUGUCAAAAAAUAAACCUUUGACUUUAAGAUAUACCUUUAUAAAAAUGCUGUUACAACUACGAGGAUUAACAACAGAUAAAGCUGUGGCUAUAACUGCUAAGUACGGUACGCCAAAAUUAUUAAUGGAUGCAUAUGAAAAUUGUGAUAAAAAAAAAGGAGAACUAUUGUUAGCUAAUAUAAAAGGCAUCAGUAAACGUAGUGUAGGACCUUGUGUCAGUAAAAAACUGUACAAAUUGUUUACAAUGAGCGAAUAUAAAUAA